CUGCAUACCUCUCCCAGACUGUGACUAAGGACAGGCCCAAUCUAGUGCAGGCUGGUGGAGGUUUAGUCACCCAAAGCCACUAGCAACUCAUCAGUUCCUGCCACAGCUUUCUUCCCCUGUGGUUGCUCUCUACUUUCUGGCUUCUCAAGCUGAACGCUGGCCAUGAAGAAACAGAAUGCUGAAGACAGGUAGCUCAGUGGCAGAGCCCUUACCCAGCGCAAAGGACCCUGGGUUCAACCUCUGAAAACUGAGAAGACUAAGCAUUUUAUCAGAACACCUGGACCUCUGGGUUCAGGGUCCAGCCUCAGCCAGAGAGAUCAUGCAGGCCAUCCUUGCUAUGAUGUUCUGCAUGGCUUCUUCCGUUUCUAGUUCUUCAUAUACAGCACAGACUUUGCCCGAUAUAACCAAUGAGGAUUUCCUUCAAGAAUGUGUUCAAACUCACAACCAACGUCGGUCAAAAGUGAAUCCGACGGCCAGGAAUAUGCUGUACAUGUCUUGGGACCCAGAACUAGCCCGCAUUGCAAAAACAUGGGCAAAAUCUUGCCAGUUUGCACACAACCCACAGCUGAAAUCACGCCUGCACCCAAACUUCACUGUAGUGGGAGAAAAUAUCUGGACUGGAUCUUUAUCCCUCUUCUCAGCAUCCUCGGCCAUCUCAGCCUGGUACAAUGAAGUCAAGCACUAUAACUUCAGCACUAGAAGAUGCACAGAUGUCUGUGGCCAUUACACUCAGGUUGUUUGGGCGGAUAGUUACAAAGUUGGCUGUGCAGUGCAAUUUUGUCCUAAAGUUUCUAACUUCGCAAGCCUUUCUAAUGGAGCACAUUUUAUAUGCAACUAUGGACCAGGAGGGAACUACCCAACAUGGCCGUACAAGCAAGGACCCACUUGCAGUGACUGCCCAAAAGAUGACAGGUGUCUCAACAAUCUCUGCGUUAACCCACAAAGAGACCACGUCUCACGUUCUGGUAACUAUCCAGGAAGACCCAUCUAUCUACGUAACAGAUACACAUCUCUCUUUCUCAUUGUUAAGGCAGUAUGUCUGAUACUGUCUGUUAUAGUUACCAUUUUGGUAAAGCACAAAUACCCUAAUUUAGUUCUUUUGGACUAAUGCCAUUGUUGGGGGGGGGGCAUCAUAACUGGCUACUGUACUUCAUGAAUAAGGACUGCCUAGGUUGCCGCAGCUAGGCUUUCAAGCAAGAAAAAGACCCCCUAGGGUUCAGAUCUACAAAAUACAUCUCUGAUAACUCUCCAUAGUCCAGUUGCCCUCAGCUCAGAGGUUUUGAGCACCUACUGCUCUUGCGGAGGAUCUGUGUUGGAUUUCCCAAUACCCACAUGGUACCGUUUCCUUAGAAUAAUAGGGACUGAGAGAUUUGAUUUACAGUCUUGGUUUUUCUGUUUGUGGGUUGUUUUAUCCUGGAAAAAAAUUACAAAAAUAGUUGCCGUUA